AUGUCUGGAUACAGCAGAGACGAGUUAAAUCGUAUGUACUGCGAUUCAAGUGUUAGUGCUGAAGAAUACAAUGCCUACAAGAGACGCCUAGAAGAGUCUGAACGUCUUCAAGAGACAAAUGAUUACACUGGCGAUUGCACAAGAAAGCUUGACCGUGAUCAUGAAGAAGAAUUCAGAAAACCAAGCAAAAAUGAUGACUGCCGAAUUGGGUGA